GCAGGAAGGUAAAGCCGAGGUGACUGACAGGUCGGCGCGCGAAGGAUGAAUCGGACUCUUCCCUGCUACGACAAGUCUGAGAGGGAUUGGCAGCCAAAGCCUCACAGUUUGGGUUUUAUCCCCACCUGGCAUACUUUGCGCCACUCCUGAGCGCGACACGAGAGGGCGUGGAGCCCUUUGUCUGCCUAUAGUGUGGAUCAAUAAUGCCCCGCGGGAAAUGGACUGCCGACGAGAUGGGCACCAGUGCGUCAGCAGCAGUCGCCAACACAACAUGCUUCACCGUGGCAAUCCGCGGAGAUUCCACCAUGGCCGUCACGAUAACUAAGCAUCCAAGCCCCCGUCCCGACAUGCGAAACGAAAUUGCUUCUCACCAUGCAGAAGAGGAAGCAAUAUCUAGGAGCGGAAGACUUCUACAAAGGCAAGAGAUCAGCACCCUUCCGCAUACAAUGGAAGUGUCUGUCCCCUAACCCGAUACCAGGUCUUAGAUUGUUGGAUUCCAAGUUGGCCGCGAUCCCGAUCAUUGUUGCUUUCGCACCCAUUAAAGUCAUUGCGGCCGGAGGAUUUUUCGCCGUGGCCCACCUCAAGAACCGACAAACCACCAAAGACCUGGACUACCUGCUGGAACCUGACUGGGCGAAUGACAAUGACAUCAAACAAUCGCUUCGGGAGGCAAUCGUGCAGGUCGCGGACGAGCUGGGAUACCCGCAAAAUUGGGCGAAUGACGAUGUCGCCCUGUUCGUGACCAAGCAGGCGAGGCACUUGCUGAUGAGCCUGGCCUUGAAACAGAAUAUUGUACUUUGGUCCGGGAAUCAGAUUACCGUUCUUUCUGCACCGGUCGAAUGGGCGUUGGAACGGAAAUUGCGACGCAUUUACGCAGCGGACCGGGGCCGGAAGGCUGAACUAGAUCUAUCUGAUGCGCUGGCGAUGCUGAACCUCUUGAAGAACGACAAAGGGGGGAAACUGGACAUGGAAUAUUAUCGCACAUUAAACAUCAACGGCUUCGACGUGGUCCCGGAUCACGAGACGAUGCAACGCGUAUCGGCCGCUUACAAGGCAAAAUACAAUGAGGAAAUCUUCUUCUGAUCCUACGGAGAUCGAUGGCCAUGACGGGACCAUAUGCGGCACGAGGUGUUGCCUUGGUGGC